GUUCUUAAAAUGCAUUUUUCUCCGACGAAAAGCGGCGGCUGCGGCGAUCAACACUGACGGAACUCAACUGAAUGCUAAUCAACAACAUUCUAAAACAAUGCAAAACCAUCAAACAACUUCACCAACUCCAUGCUCACACCAUCUCGUCCGGCUUUCUCUGCCUCCACCCUCACCAAAAUUUAACCCAAAUCCUUCACGCUCUCACCGCCCUCCUUCCAACCACCGCGCCGGAAAACACCCCGCCUUCUACAACUCUGUUGUCUUAUGCAGUCUCCAUCUUCCAUUCUAUUCCGAGCCCAUCGACCUUUUGUUACAAUAAUGUCAUCAGAGCCCACAUCCUCCUCUCCUCCCCUCUCAACGCCCUCGAGUUCUUUACCCGAAUGCGCCGCCUUGCUCUCCUUCCCGAUUUUCACACCUACCCUUUUGUUCUCAAGGUUUGUUCCCAUCUCCGCCUGCGUUCCUUGGCCCAGUCGAUUCACACACAAGCAUUGAAGUUCGGUUUUGUUGCUGAUUUGUUUGUUUUGAAUUCCCUUAUUCAUGUUUAUUCGGUUAUUAAUGGCAUUAUUGAUGCGCACAAGGUGUUUGAUGAAAGUUCUGUGCGGGAUGUUGUUUCUCAUAAUUCGUUGAUUGAUGGGUACGUGAAGCUUGGUGAUUUUGCGCAAGCUCGCCAACUGUUUGAGGAUAUGCCCAUGCGAAUGCGAGAUGCUGUUUCAUGGAGUACACUCAUAGCAGGGUAUGCCCAGCGGAACCAUGGGAAAGAUGCUCUUGAGCUCUUCAAUCAUAUGAUGGGUUUUGGUCUUCGCCCUGACAAUACCGCUCUGGUUUCUGCUCUCUCUGCCUGUGCGCAAUUGGGAGAAUUGGAACAAGGGAAGGGAAUUCAUAGUUAUAUUAAACAGAAUAGGAUACGACUGGAUUCUUUUUUAUCAACUGGAUUGGUGGAUAUGUAUGCAAAGUGUGGAUGCAUUGAGAUUUCUAAGGAGAUCUUUGAAUCAAGCAGUGAUAAGAACUUAUCUACAUGGAAUGCCAUGCUUGUUGGGCUUGGAAUGCACGGUCAAGGACAGCUGUUACUGGACUAUUUCUCGAGAAUGACGGAGGCAAAGGUUGAGCCCGAUGGGGUAACCUUCUUGGGAGUCCUGGUGGGUUGUAGUCAUGCAGGUCUAGUUGAUGAAGCACGCAAGCUUUUCAAUGAGAUGGAAGGAAACUACAAUGUCGGUCGGGAGCUCAAGCAUUAUGGAUGCAUGGCUGAUUUGUUGGGAAGGGCUGGUUUGAUCAGUGAAACAAUGGAGAUGAUCAAGAACAUGCCGAUGGAUGGUGAUGUAUCUGUCUGGAGUGGUUUGCUUGGAGGAUGUCGGAUACAUGGGAAUGUUGAACUUGCAGAGAAGGCAGCUGAACAAGUGAUGGAGUUGAAACCCGAAGAUGGUGGGGUUUAUUCCAUCAUGGCUAAUGUUUAUGCCAACUUGGAGAGAUGGGAAGAUGUAGUGAAGAUCAGGGGAUCCAUGGAUUCCAACAGGGCCAAGAUAAAGAAAAUGGCUGGGUGGAGCUUGAUUCAAUUGAAUGGGGUAGCACAUGAGUUUGUUGCUUGGGAUUGCUUGCAUCCUCAAACAGAUGAGAUAUACUCUGUUCUUAAUGGAAUCAGAGUACAUCAAUUUGAAGCAUAUGCCAGCCUUCCUACUGGGGAAUAGAACAUUGGGACCGUAAAAGAAAAAGAAAUAGGAGGAAAAUUUACCUCAGGGAAAGUGUUGCUUCUUGAGGCUUCUAUGGGAAAGGUGUACAACAGGUAUUGGCGACACCUGUCAUCUCACUUGAACGUGGCUCCAGAAGUCUC